AUGUAUCAGUAUAGCGACUGGAGGUGUGGCAGCUGCGAGAGAUCAUUCUGCAUUGCGAUCGAUGACGAGGAGUCCAAGGGGAAAGACACUUGUGUUUGCCCCCACUGUGGGAGCAAGUCCGUCACCCCAGCAGAAGAAUCGGGACCGCCCACUCAAGAAAAUGGUCAACCAGGCGCCGCUGCCCCUCUCGGGAUGCUCGCCCUCCUGGACACGGUGAGGAACCUGAACGGCCCCGGGGACAACCCACAGGUCCCGGGUUGGUGUGGGCUUCCAUCCACGUGGUUUUCGCCAGAGGAACGUUGCAGACUUGCGCAGCUCAGGUUGGAGCGCCAGGCGUUGUUUGUUCGAUGUAAGCGUGCAGCACUGGAAUGGUCGGAACUAGAAGUUCGCCAGCUGCUAUUCCUCAAGGGAAUCCGUUUUAGGUCCAAUGUCGACGCUGGUGAAGAGCUUGGAGUUAGCCGCAGUAGGGUCGAUCAAAAGUAUCGAGACUUGUGCAGUGUUUUUGGCCUAACCCAAGAGGUUGACGAGGACUAA